UCUGUAUUGUUACGAACUAAUACCGUACGGUUUGUUAGGACCUUUGACCCCGUUUGUACCGUUACAUAUGUAUUACAUUAUGAAAUCAAAAUUUCUGUUGUUUAGGAAUGAGAUCCAUUCAGGUACUUAAAAGUGUGCUUUUAAAAUGCUUGAUUUUUAUUUAAAGUACAGUGCAAUUACGGCACGUAGUUCAUAUGAUAGAUCUCUCUGAUUCACAUAUGUCGAUACGUUGUGUUAUAACGUAACACAGAAUCACAAAUCAUGAAGGAAAAAGCGUGCCUUGCUUUGGCCCCCAAACUCACGAUCUGUAAAUUAGAGACCGCCCAGUUUUAAAUGUCAGCCAAUAUGCACUCAGUACCAUGUGAUGCUAAUCGAAUGGUGUCAGAGGUUUUUAAUGUAGGAAAUAAGUAAAGGAACUUGAAUAAACAUGGCUUUAAAUCCGUUGUCUUGUUUUACAGACAGCGAAAUGGAUGACGAGGAAGACAUCGCCAUUAAGUUGUUUCCUGGAUUCCCCGGAAGAAGUUCUAGUGUUCUCGAAAACGAGGCUAUAAUCGACGAAUACUACAACCCACAAAUGUUCUUGACUACACCAUGUUUCAAAGACGACAUGUUUAAUGAUUACAGCGAGAGUAAAGAGGAAAGGCAACGAUACAACCAACCAACUGACAAGGUGCACCAUGUGGACCGGAUAGACAGUUAUUACUGGGGAAGUGUAAGCGAUGCAGAGGUGGUUACUUCCGGUAUUUCACCACAGGAAGUGAGCACAGUUUGGUCUCCAUUCGGUCUUGAACCAGAAUUUCAAGACCCGGAUUGUGAUGGGUUUUCUGAUUAUUUUGAAUUUGAAAACCCUCAAACGCAAAACAAAGUUUUAAACAAUGACAAUAUUGAUAUUAUUCUAGAGCUACAGAAAUUCGAAAAUAGUUUUGGAUUUUCUGUGCGCGGUGGCUUUGACGAGGAGUUUAUGCCUACGGUAGACGACAUUUUCAGAGUACCAACACAGAGAGUUACAGGGAACGGAUGUCGGAUUACCGAAGUAUUACUCAGGCUCCAUCCAAUUACACGACCAAUAUAUGGAAACCGAGAUGAGAUGGGUGACAUCCGUGGGCAAGGUCUUAUGCAUCACAACAGACAAGACUCGGAGAACUCACGAAAUAUGGUUAAAAUCUUGUUACGUCCAAUUAGUGCGAAGGAUUUUUUAUGCUUGUUACGUCUGCAGCAAUCCAUCACUGGCCGUUCAUUGGCUCAUUUCAUCGUAACCGGGCAGACGGACGCGUUGUAG